CAGAGUGCAGCACGGUGCCCGGGGAGUGGUUGAGAGCUGACCGGCUGCUCGUGUGGGUGUAUGAAUGUAGCUCGUAAGCGCGCGUGUGCGUCAUAGUGUCCCGCAGCGAGCUCCCCGCCGGUUGAAGCAUGGAGGAGUUAGCCAGAGAGAGCAUCAGCCUGCUGGCUUCAGCCUCAGCUAAGCCCCCGCUGGACGUGACCGCCGGGCCUCGGCUCGGCUCCAUGGGGGCCAUUUUCAUCAUGCUAAAAUCCGCCCUGGGUGCCGGGCUCCUCAACUUCCCCUGGGCCUUCGAGAGAGCCGGGGGCGUCCGCAGCGCAGUCACCGUGGAGCUGGUCUCCCUUGUGUUCCUGAUCAGUGGUCUGAUCAUCCUGGGCUACUCCUCGUCCAUCAGUGGCCAGUGCACUUACCAGGCAGUGGUGAAGGAGGUGUGCGGUCCAGCUAUCGGUCAGCUGUGUGAAGUCUGCUUUGUCUUCAACCUCUUCAUGAUCUCUGUGGCCUUCCUGGUUAUAGUGGAUGACCAGCUGGAGAAGCUGUGUGGCUCCUUGUAUGAGCUGGUAACUGGUUUGCCGGAGUCUGAGAUGCCGUAUCACUUCUACACAGACCAGCGCUUCGGCCUAGUGCUGCUCUGCGUCCUCCUCAUCCUGCCACUGUCCAUCCCCAAAGAGAUCAGCAUUCUGAAAUACAUCAGUGUUCUGGGCACUCUGGCUGCAACCUACCUGACCAUUGCCAUCAUCAUCAAGUACCACACCACGCCUUCUGUUCUGGUUCACAUCACCCCUCUCUACACUAGUGGGAUCAGCUCCUGGGCCUCCACGUUCAGUGUCAUCCCGACCAUCUGCUUUGGUUUCCAAUGCCACGAGGCGUCCAUCGCCAUCUAUAGCAGCAUGGAGAACCAGCGGCUCUCUCAUUGGGUCUUCAUUUCUGUGGUCUCCAUGAUCUUCUGUCUCAUCAUCUACUCCCUCACAGGGGUUUAUGGGUACCUGACAUUUGGAAAGGACGUGAAGGCGGACAUUCUGAUGUCGUACACCGGCGAUGACAUUCUAAUGCUCAUUGCCAGGCUGCUGUUUGGCGUCUCCAUCAUCACCAUCUAUCCUAUCAUCCUGCUGCUGGGCAGAUCAGUGAUCCAGGACCCCCUGCUGAGCUGGUGGCGGAGGCGGGACGGCAUGGUGACGACAGAGUUUGAAAGCCGCAGCCGCUACGUGCUGACAGUCCUGUGGAUAAUGGUGACACUGCUCAUCGCCACGUGUGUACCAGACAUCAGCAAAGUAAUCAGUGUUAUAGGAGGGAUCAGCGCCUUUUUCAUCUUCAUCUUCCCAGGACUCUGUCUGGUGUUUGCCAUGCAGUCUGAGCCCGUCUCCUGUAAAACCAGAGUCGUCCUCACAGUGUGGGGAAUUGUGACCCUCAUCUGCGGCGCUUUCAUCUUCGGCCAGAGCACUACCAUUGCUGUCAUGCAGAUCGUUGGAAAGAUUUGACUGUUUCCCCGUCUCUCACUGAUCCACACCAUUUUAUAGGGACAGUGGUGACCAGAUCUUAACCCCUCUCCUCUUCUCUAAAGAGCCCAUGGUGAAUAAUGGCCACCAUGAACUUUAACAGUGGACAUGACCCCUGAGAAAUCACUCUGCAACAUAUGGCCUUUGAUACAAUGGACUAAACCCAGUAAAAACCCUUCCUCGUUCGGUGUCAAGGUAUGUCACUUCCACUUAGUUGCACCCUGAUCCAGAGCUCUGUCUGCCUCGUGCUGGGAAGAUCAGAUUAAAAUCCUCAGGUUUUUCUGCAAUUUGCUGUAGCGCAGAUGAUCUACUGUUGUUGCAUUUAUUAGUGGAUAUCUGUGCCUACCAGCAUUAGACCUGCCUGCAUUCAGAAAACAUUCACACACAGUCUGUGGGUAAGAUGAAGAGCUUUAAACUGAUAGUGGGCAGGGUGCUAUAAACAUAUCUGUCACAUUUUUCAUUUUUAGUGAGCACUAUAUUUGACUUAAAUGCUGGGUAUUAUAAACAAUUAGUAGUAAACAGCUGGAACAUUGUUACAAUAUGAAUUCAAAACUUGAAAGCUUCUAUCAUGUGUGCCAAACAGUAAAGUGUAAAGUGUCAAUCAUUUACACCAUCUGCAUGUUGCAACUAGAAUAUAUGAUAAAGGCUUGAUAGGGGAUAUUUCCAAGACCUGUUGGUAUCCACUGUAGAGCCGUAUUAGACUGAGCUCACAGAGGUUACUUGAUGGUGCUACACGGGAUGGGGAGGGAGGAUAUUUUGAUGUUUCUGUAUAUUUGGAUGUGAGUGUGUAAAUAAGUCAUAUCUUAUAUGUUUUUUGUAUGUUUAAAAAAAAGAAAUGCAGUCUGACAUUUGAU